AUGGGGAGUCGAGCGAGCGCUGAGAGGAUGAGUGCGCUCCCACUCUCUCGCUCCCAGGUCUUUGGGGAGCUGAGGAAAGAGCUGCAUGACGAUGAGGAGUUUCGUCAGUCAGACACUCACAUCUUCAUCAUCAUGGGCGCCUCGGGGGAUCUGGCCAAAAAGAAGAUUUACCCUACACUAUGGUGGCUGUUCAGAGACGGACUCCUCCCGGAGGAGACCCACUUCGUGGGCUUUGCCCGCUCCAACCUGACAGUGGAGGCGAUCAGGACUGCCUGCCUGCCCUACAUGAAGGUGGCAGAGGCCGAGACGGAGCGCUUCUCCGUCUUCUUCAGCAGGAACUCGUAUGUGAGCGGGAAGUACAACGAUGAAGCCUCCUUCGCCCGGCUGCACACUCACCUCGGUUCCCUGCCCGGGGGCGCCGACGCCAACCGGCUCUUCUACCUGGCCCUGCCCCCCAGCGUCUACCACGACGUCACCAAGAACAUCAGGCACCAGUGCGUGAGUGCCAGGGGCUGGAACAGAGUGAUUGUGGAGAAGCCCUUCGGCCGCGACCUGCAGAGCUCGGAGGAGCUGUCUGCCCAUCUGUCCUCCCUCUUCAGCGAGGACCAGAUCUACCGCAUCGACCACUACCUGGGCAAGGAGAUGGUGCAGAACCUGAUGGUGCUGAGGUUUGGGAACAGGAUCUUCGGUCCCAUCUGGAACCGGGACAGCGUGGCAUGUGUGGUCCUGACUUUCAAGGAGCCCUUCGGCACCCAGGGCCGAGGGGGUUACUUUGACGACUUCGGCAUCAUCCGUGAUGUGAUGCAGAACCAUUUGCUCCAGAUGCUCAGCCUGGUUGCCAUGGAGAAGCCAGCCUCCACCAGCUCCGACGACGUGAGGGACGAGAAGGUGAAGGUGUUGAAGUGCAUCGCCCCCGUGUCUCUGUCUGACGUGGUGCUGGGGCAGUAUGUGGGUGACCCCGCGGGGGAGGGCGAUGCCAAGCUGGGUUACCUGGAUGACCCCACUGUCCCCAAAGGCUCCAGCACGCCCACCUUUGCCACAGCCGUGCUGUACGUCCACAACGAACGGUGGGAUGGUGUGCCCUUCAUCCUGCGGUGCGGCAAGGCCCUGAACGAGCGCAAGGCGGAGGUGCGGCUGCAGUUCACCGACGUGCCAGGCGACAUCUUCAGUGGCCAGUGCAGGCGGAACGAGCUGGUGGUGCGCGUGCAGCCCAACGAGGCCGUCUACGCCAAGAUGAUGAGCAAGAAGCCCGGCAUGUUCUUCAGCCCCGAGGAGGCGGAGCUGGACCUCACCUACCACAGCCGAUACCGGGACGUGAAGCUGCCAGACGCCUACGAGCGCCUCAUUCUCGAUGUCUUCUGUGGGAGCCAGAUGCACUUUGUGCGCAGUGAUGAGCUGAGGGAAGCAUGGAGGAUCUUCACUCCUCUUCUGCAUCAGAUUGAAAAGGAGAAGACUUCCCCCAUCCCCUAUAAAUAUGGAAGUCGGGGUCCUCCGGAGGCCGACGAGCUGGUGAAGAGAGUGGGGUUCCGCUACGAGGGCACCUACAAGUGGGUGAACCCCCACAGGCUGUGAGAAGGAGACCAGAGGAGAAGGCUGGAGGAGUCUGUGGGAGAGGGGGAACUGUGAGGGUCAGAGAAGGGUCCUGCAGUCGGACACCACUAGCGCUUAACCAUUGACGGGGGACGGGAGACGGCGGGAACUGGGAACCGUGAGAAACAAACCAGCACUUACCAAUAGGGUGGGAGGGGUGGACACGGGGACGUUUUCAGAGUGAAGACACUGGCACAUAAGCCUAUGGGAGGGUGGGGUGGGGUAGAGGGAGAGAGGUGGACAUGGGGAAGAUUGGGGACAGACUAGCACUUAACCACUAGGGAGGGGGGCACAUUGCAAGCUUUCAGGAAGGAGAAAGUAUGAUGUAAAUUUGGGCUGAUUGAGAAGCACUCUGUUAUUAAACACCAAUAGCACUUAAUUAUUAGGGAGGGAGAGAAGGCACAAACUAUGUUCUGUGGAGAUAGAGAGGGGAGAGAGGUUGUGUACUGUAGCGCUGUACAGUAGUAAUGUAGAGGGUGAAUGUGUGGAUGUGAAACAGCGGGAGAGGCAGACAGGGGUCUGGGGAGAGAAAGAGGGAAAAUACAGCUACAGACAGAUCUAUUGUAUUCAUGUGGAUAUAUCCAUGCUCUGUCUGGAAAGGGUCACCCUGUUUCAGUUUGGCCUACUGUAUCAUAAAUUGGAUAUUCAUGGUCCAGCCUCACCCAGCACUGCUAAUCUAUGAUAUGACAGUUAAAAAACACUUUCCCAUCGCCCAAAGACAAGUGUGACUGACAGGUCAGUAACCAGUCAGACACCUGGUGUAAAACUCAAGCAGAGGGUGCACAUGGCCAAACAAUGACCCUGUCUAGACAGAGGUGACUGGUAGCAUCAUUGGGGCAGGUUGGGGAGGAUGAACAGUAGCAGAAAAGAGCGAGGUGGAUGUGAUGGAGAAAAGACUGAGAGAUGAAGUAAGAGUCAGUGGAAGUCUGUUUCACUGCAUAGUGAAAACAUGUGCCCCUAGAUUUCCCCUCUUUCUGUGUUUGCCGCCCCUUCUGAUCUCCCAUGAAAUCUGUCAUUCACAGCUAAUAAUAAUGAUAUUAAC